AUGUAUAAAAUUAUACCGGAAUGGAACCUGCUGGACCUCGUACAACCAAACUCAGACUAUCUCCUCAAUCACCUAAAGCAUCGUGCGACUAAUUCUCUCCGAGCUCAGUAUCGGAGUGGACUUAAUGGCGCAGCGGGUGACUGCGAAUUUAUUUUGGAAAAUAUCGGUCACCUGAGCCGUACGGGAUCAACCCGAAGCGGUUUCAUGUUGUUUAUCAACGACGCCGAAUAUGGACAGUCCUUCGUGUUUAAAGAGACCACCGAUCGUGAUAAGAUGAUGACUGGAUUGUCAACAGCCAUAAGCUCUGGGUGCUGCGUCUCGCUGUUAGCAGGCGAGCUCAUUCUGCAGAGACAAUAUUACCUUUUGUCGGCGCUGAAUAUUUUGGUAGAGGCCAUACUCGAGGAAGCGUCGUCAUCAAGGGAGAAAACACUCCGUCCUAAGAAGCCUGAAGAGAUAACACGUACGGCUCUGUCCGCAAUGUCAACUGAUGCAAAGCCUGGAAAGGUCUCUCUUCAAGACAUACUUGCUCUGGCGCUCGACCAAAAGAAUAACCUCGAGGACUAUUUGUCGUUAUGUCGCACCGAGCCGGUCUUCCUUACUCAUGUAGUGAAUAACUGGUUCUUCAGUCAACCGGGGCUGGUCCCGGACGAAAAGGGUCGAAUCAUGCCUCUUGUUACGGAUAAAUACAUCAGUGUGUCCAUUUUCGAGAUAAUUCAUGAUUCCAUGAUUGGUGCAGCAAUCUGGGAUUAUGUCUGCCGUCUCCUCCAGGUCCUCUCCCAGAAAAUAAAUGAUCGAAUAUGUCGAGCUAUUAUCCUUCAAGAGAUGGCAAAUAUCUGUCAUUUCGAGCGGUGCCGGGUCCAUAAGCUGUUCAAGCGCUUUGUGCAAAUGGGUUCAGGCUCCAAGUAUUUUAAACGGGUUUCUGGCGUUUAUGAUGACGAUUGCGCGCGGGUGACAAUGAAAAUCAAGCCGGAUGUCCUGACGAGAAAGAAUCCUCAGCUUCACUACGUACUCCGCCUUUGCCAAUCCCCGGUGGAUGUCGCCUCGGCUGUCGAUUGGAUUAAGAAGCUAGAUUGCUUUCAUCAGACGCACCCCACAGAGACAACGCGGAUGCUAGAAAGAGAACUUGACGCCUUUGGGGACAUCGCAGUAGCGACCAGUUUCAUCAAAAACCUGAUGAUCUCUCUUUCAUUACCACCCAUCAAUCCCAGAAAAGGACAAAUAUAUAUCUCAAGGUUAAAGAAAUUGAGAUCUGAGAUUGAUUCUACAAAGGCAGAAGUUGAUCUGUCAGAAUUUGUAGUUCCGACUGGCAACCUCCUCGAAGCCGGAGUGGCUGAUGCGGCUUUGGCUGCCUUGAGUCGAUUUAUUGUCGACAAGACCGGCACAGAGCUUGGAUACUUGUAUCAAGACCUCAACGAAGAUUGUCUGUCGAAGACUGAAAAUCUGUGCCAACAACAAAAGGCCAACGUUGCCACAAUCACUGAUGAUGAUUUUCACAUAAUUGAUAGCCCCAGUGAGGCAAAACAGGUUGAAGAGCGACGGCAGAAGCAUAAGACCCGACCAGCACAUUCAUCCAUGCACAGUAUAUCCCCCGCCGCAGCUACAACUGCAACGCUAGAAGACAACAGAGCAUCAACGGUCUUCAAGGUAAAGCCGGAAACCUUCAAAGUUUUCUCAGCACUGUUCUCUAGGUCACAAUCUCGGGGAUCAAUUAGCUGGACGGCGUUCGAAGCUGCCAUGACUGACUUGAACUUUUCGAUUACCCCAAAGUGGGGAUCAGUUUUCACAUUCUAUCCCCCUCAGGAUUUCUCAGUUCAACAAUCACUUACCCUGCACCGGCCGCACAAUUCACAUAUUGAAGGCUUUCGGCUUCUUUUCAUUGCAAAGCGUUUAAAGCAAACUUUCGGGUGGGAAGAGGAAUCUUUCGAGUUGGCUUGA